GAGAAGAUCACCAGUCCGUGCGACAGGCGGAGAACUAGAGGCUGCAAACCAAAUCCAAAUACUAGUGCAGCGCCAGAUUAUUCUAUUUGGUUUCAUUGCAACGAUGGCAGCCCGGCAAAAUCGAGAACACCUGCACCUGCAAGGCCGCGGGCAAAACGGCACCAGUUUAGACGAUCCAGGAAGCUGCAGUUCUUCCGCAAUUGCCGCUUCAAACGAGCUCCUGUGCCAGAGUUCGACCCUACUCGACCGCCUCACGCAUGAAGGUGUCUUGCCGACGCGCCUCGCGAUUGAUUGGCAAGAGGCGAUCAAUCUGCGUGUCGAUUUGAAAAGGUGUGCUUCCCGCUCCCUGUCAGGCAACCCCAGGAAAAGCGAAGUUUUGUCAGAGGAGGCGAGCAGCGACGAAUUUUCAGCGCAUGUGUUGCUGGCCUUCGAUGCGCUCAACAUGAUCGUUUUCGUCUUGGAGCUACUCACCUGGGAACAAUCUUCGAUGGCGC